AUGACUCAUUUACAUGAGAAACGUGAUCUCAAAGAUGACCAAGAUGAUGCAGAUAGUGGUGAUGAAAGUCCUAGUACCACUACUUCUCCAGAAUCUCCGAGUGAUAAAACCUUGGGAAAGAAACCAGGAGUGGGCGUUCGAAGGUCGGAAAAACCACCGUAUUCAUAUAUAGCUUUGAUUGUCAUGGCCAUACAAGCAAAUCCUACCAGAAGAUGUACUUUAAGUGAAAUUUAUCAGUAUCUUCAACAAAAGUUUCCUUUCUUUAGAGGUACUUAUCAAGGCUGGAAGAAUUCUGUACGACACAAUCUCUCAUUGAAUGAGUGCUUUAUAAAAUUACCUAAAGGUAUUGGACGUCCAGGUAAAGGUCACUAUUGGACCAUUGACCCAGCAGCAGAGUUCAUGUUUGAGGAGGGAUCAUUCAGACGUCGCCCUCGGGGAUUCCGAAGAAAGUGC